AUGGCAUAUCAACUACGACUUGGCGAUAGAAAAUACAGCAGAAGAUUUCAUACCAACUCCGUGUAUUUGAACGUGGACUUUACACAGAAUUGGAAUAAUGUUUUACCAGCAGAAGUUCCUCAACAGUUGGAUAAUACUUUUAACCAAAUUAUCCGGGACAUUGGAAACUAUUUGAGUUGUGACCCAGACGACCAAGUGAGAUUCAGCGUGUCACACCCGGGAUUGAAAUCACCAGCUUGGAUUCCAUUCAACAAAUGGUCGGGGAUAAGAGCUCAAGAUAUUUUGAACCCUGUGGCGAGAAUUCUGCAGUCCAAUGAACAGUUUAGAUUAGAUGAACGUAUGACACUUCAUGUGUGUCACGUGAGUGUUCCCAAAGGAGAUGGUCAAGGCAGAUAUCUAUUAAAACGAGAAUCAUUAUCCCUCGAAGAUUAUUUGAAGAGAAAGAAAGCGAUCGUCGUGGUCAAGAACAAAGAUAACUUGUGCUUUCAACGAGCUAUUGUCAUCGCCAAACACUACGCCAAUAAAAACGACACACCAGAGUGGGAGACACAAAGAAAACGCUUAACAAAAAGUUCAGGACCUUACAGUUGGCAGACGAAAUGCACCGAACGAUUGAUUGAACAAGUCGGAGCACGUCCUGAAGCUUGUCAAGGACAUGAAACCUGGGAGUUGUACCAACAAACUUUAGGACAACAAGGCUACCAACUGUUUGUGUAUUCUAGACUCCUAUUUGGAAAAUUAUUGUACAAAGGCAAAGUUUCCGACACAAGUUUAAUAGAUGCCAACAUUUCAUAUCACGUAGAACAUUUAAACCAUUACAGGCAAUUGAAGGAUAAAUUGUUAACUGGAGGAUACCAAGAGGCCAAGAAUUUUCAUAUAGAAAAGUUUGAAGAACUUAGUAAAAAGCCUAAAAAUCUAACAUUUGGUGAAAAUCUUACUCACAAUGAGGGUUUGUUAAAAAAACUUAAAGCCCAUCUACAUGAUAUAGAAAUUCCCAUGACAGAACCAUAUGACCAGAUAAACUGGGGAUGA